AAAAGUUGACCUUAUUUUAAAAAAAUGUUUGCUCUCUUAGGGCACAUUAGAAAAUAAACUAACCAUAGCUUCUACAUCUUUUAUUUUCUUACACUUUAGACCAAAGCACAGACAUCCAUUGGGAGUCAUGGAGAAUAUCCAUCUCUCUCUUUUAGAAGAGGCCCAGCUCUCCUAAAUAGAUUAUCUUUUCUGAAGACUCUAGAAAAGAUCAAUAAGACAUUUAGUAUUUUUUGCUUCUUUUUCUUCCUUAGAAAAGAAAAAAGUUGUUGCCACGCCAAGAUGAUCCUUGUGACAUCAAUUCACCAGACUCUCUUUGUUCGAUGCUCAUUCCAUUGGUUGCCAGGAUACAUCCAGGCGACAAAGGCUAGGGUUCCUGUUCCUGCAGCCUUGCAUACUACAGGGACUCCUGCAAGAGGGCAUGUGAACCCGGGAGCUCUCAGCUAUUUUGCUCCUUUUUCCACCAGCAGCCCACCAUAAUAGUCAAAACAGAAAGACAAAGAACAAAUGAUACAAGGCAAGGCUCUCAGAAGAUCUCGGAGGCACGGGGCGUUCAAUGGGGACUUUGCAGUGCUCCAGGCUGCUGCCCCUCAAUGAAGCUCUGAGUCCUGGCCUGAAGGGCUAGGUACUGGCUACAAUGUGGAACCCCAGGAGAGCCAACCUGACUACCCUUUGCACUAAGAAGAAGCCCCAAAUGAAACUGGGCUGAAAUCAGAGCAAGGACUCGAGAAAGAUUUAUUCGUUAAUGGAAAGAGGAAAGGAGAAAAGGGUUUCCAAAAACUUGCAACAAACUUUCCAUCGCUCUAAAGAACCUACCUUCCUUAUCAACCACGCUGUUCUGUCUCGUGACUCCUCUUUUAGCCUUUUGCCAGAAACAGAGCAAGUCAACCCUGCUGAAAACAUAAAGACAAACCCUCAGAAAACUAGGCCUGGAACUGUGAUCCUCUCAAAACGGUCUGGUAAGAGAAUUAUGUCGGAAAGCCAGCCUAGCCCACCCGUGAUCCCCUCCCGCAGGCCCGGAUUCCGCAUAUGCUAUAUCUGUGGCCGAGAAUUUGGGUCCCAAUCACUCGCCAUUCAUGAGCCCCAGUGCUUGGAGAAGUGGCGAAUUGAAAACAGCAAGUUGCCCAAGCACCAGCGGAGGCCAGAGCCCUCCAAACCACAGCCCCUGGGCGGCGGCAGUGGGUCCGACAUUCUUCAGGCAAUGAACGAGGCAGCGUUCCAGAGUUCUCAGGCCCAGCUGCUGCCCUGCGAGUCCUGUGGCCGCACAUUCUUGCCAGACCGUCUCCUUGUUCACCAGAGAAGUUGCAAGCCCAAGGGUGGUGGGCCCAGAGAACCAAACAGCAACAAUUCUAAUGACCUGCCUGGUCUUAGGAAAACUUCUGGUGGCGUCCCAGCUCGACCAAGGACUCUCAUCUGCUACAUUUGUGGCAGGGAAUUUGGCUCCCUCUCCCUGCCUAUUCAUGAGCCCAAAUGCCUGGAAAAGUGGAAAACAGAAAAUGACCGGCUCCCCAGGGAGCUCCGCCGGCCAUUCCCACAGAAGAAGCCUCAGCCCCUGGUACCUGGCGAGGGGCCAAGUGAAGCUCAGCUUGAGCCCUGCCCAAACUGUAGCCGGACCUUUGCUCCCCAGAGCCUUCUGGUGCAUCUGAGAAGUUGUAAGGCUCAGCCAAGUGGGCCACGCGUUCAGAAUUUGACUUUAGAGAGUAAAGGUGGCCUGAAAGAGUCCACUAAUUUCAAGCAGCAAAGGCACGUGGCCGCGCCCACUGUGACUGAUAAGGUAAUUCCUGCCACAUGAGAUGCCCUGGUUGGACCGGGCAGUGCGUACUGCCUCCAGGGGAAUGAGAGAAAACAGACCCCGAAUCAACUGCCUCAAGCCCUAGAGUGGUUUCUUUCGAUGGCUAUUUCUGACUCAAUGCAGCCUGUCCAAGUUGACCCCUGUCCCACUCCAGGGGCUGUAUCUCUGAUGGCAACGUACACAUAAGAACAUCCUUGCCUGGCAGAUUCAUAGUUCUCUUCCAUUCUGUUGAGAGAGAGAGAGAGAGAGAGAGAGAGAGAGAGAGAGAGAGAGAGAGAGAGAACUUCUUUUUUCCCUGACCCCUCCAACCAAUAAUCCUUGGGAGAGACUGUUAUUUGAAAAUGAGUCAUUAAUGCUAUGUCUGCAUUACAGAGCUAUACUCCCAGUUCCAAAAGCCAAUAUUUAUUACCAGUUUAUUUUAGUCAUCUACCUUAGGAAUUCAUUUUUGGCAACACUGGGUUAUGCUGAGUUUAUCUUACUAAAAUAGAAUCUGUGUCAAAAACCCCAAAUGACUUUAGCAAUAAUUAAACACUGGCGCACUCGCA